AUGUCAGUCGCGGUUAUCAGCCGUAUAUUAGUCUUCGACUUCAGGGGGGAAAAUGUUCCAUCUCUCCCCGCUCUUCCCUCGUCCCCACCCGCUCUCCCCUCAUUUUCCCGCUCCCCUUCAUUUUCUCCCGAUCUCCUCUCGCCCUCCCCCGCUCUCCACUUAUCUCCCCUCCGCCCCCCAUUUUUCCUCUCCCGCCCACCCGUCAUCACCCUCUCCCUCACCCCUCAUCCUCUUUCCCAACCCACCUCCUCUCUAACCUCAUCUGUCCUGCCCGCUUCUGCCCUCCUCUCAUCUCUCAACCCUUCAUCUCCACCCCUCUUCUCCCCUCCGCUCACUCCCUCGCCAACACUCACCCCAUUUUCUCCCACGCACUCUCCAUUCCCCAUCCCAUCAUCCCCAGACGUGCAUACCCCUCAUUAUACAACCCCUCAUCGCCCCCCCUUCUCACUCGCCACGCAGCCCCACUUCCCCCGCCUCUCCCCCCCUUCCUCUUCCCCCUCCCCCUUUCCCCCAACUUACCUCUCAUCUCCCCCACACUUUCCCCUUACUGUUCCCCAACCUUACAUCUCUUACCCGAUUCAAGAUCUCCCUUUUUCGUUGCAUCUCUCCCCCCUCGACCUCCCUGGACUAUCUUCCAUACCCAGGCUCCUCCUGCCCUGCCUAUCAUCUCCAGCCCUCAUCACCCUCCGUUAUUGCCUGCAUCUUCCCUCAACCUCCCUCAUCUACCUUUACCCAGGCUCCUGCCCUACCUACCUACGGUACAUGACUCUGAAUUGUCUUCGUGGCUUUGUCUUCGCAACAGAGGAGGCGCAGCAACUCGUGCGUGUUAGUUCGUCGAUUUGUUAG